AUGAAUGCAGUUUGGUUAACGCCGUUGACAGCGCUGUUACUGCUCGCCGUUUCCUCCACCGUCCACUCCUGCCCGCCGUCGGACCUAGCGGCGCUGCUGGACUUCAAGUCAGCUCUCCAGGAGCUUCACUACGGCAUAUUCAACUCCUGGACGGGUGCCGAUUGCUGCCACCGCUGGUUCGGCGUUUCCUGCGACCAAAACUCUGGUCGUGUCGCCGAAAUCAGCCUCCGCGCUGGUUCCGUCUACACCACCUUCGAAAAACCCCACCGUCCCGGCUGCAUGACCGGUCACAUAUCGCCGGAGAUUUGCAAGCUAACUCGUCUCUCCAGCAUGAUCCUCACAGACUGGCAGGGAAUCUCCGGCGAGAUUCCUCGCUGCAUUUCCUCCCUUUCUUUCAUCCGCAUCAUCGAUCUCUCCGGAAACCGCAUCUCCGGAACUCUCCCCGCCGACAUCGGCAGGCUUCAGCAGCUUACUCUGCUGAGCGCCGCCGAUAACCUCAUUGCCGGCAAAAUCCCGCCGUCGCUGACUAGCGUGACCGGUUUGAUGCAUCUUGACCUUCGUAACAACAAGAUCUCCGGGCCCAUCCCGCAGGGAUUGGGCCGGCUUCAAAUGCUGAGCCGGGCCCUUCUGAGCGGGAACAGCAUAAUCGGGCCUAUCCCGAGCUCAAUUUCUAAAAUAUACCGUCUUGUGGAUCUAGAUCUUUCUAGGAACCAGUUGUCUGGGCCCAUCCCUGAGUCAUUGGGCCGAAUGGCGGUUCUGUCAACCUUGAAGUUGGACAUGAACAAGCUUUCGGGAAAGAUACCCACGAGCCUUUUCGGCUCGGAAAUCAGUGACUUGAACUUGAGCCACAACAUGUUGGAGGGAAAUAUACCAGACGCGUUUGGGGAUAGGUCUUAUUUUACGUCACUGGAUUUAUCGUAUAAUAACCUCAAUGGUCAAAUACCCAAAUCAAUAUCUUCAGCUUCUUACAUUGGGUAUUUGGACUUGAGCCACAACCAUCUCUGCGGCCCAAUUCCCAGCUCCUGCAAUAAUCUGGAUGCGUCAUCGUUUGCUUACAACGAUUGCCUCUGUGGAAAGCCACUCAAAGCUUGUUAA